AUGUUCGAUUUCUUUACCAAACUGAAGAAAAUCAAAGGAGACGAGGAGGUCUUCAAAAGACUCUACGAGAAAAAGAUCUUGCUCGACAGAAAUGAAAUCUGGGAGAAAGUUCUUUCGGUUAUCUAUGCUCUUGCCACAUUCUCCAAAUAUUGGUUCGAUCAGGAAGAAAACAAGCAAAAGGAAAGAAACGUAACAUCGAAGUGUGUUCCAUUUGAACAUAACCGUGUGAUUCUCAGUAGCACCGAAGAAAACCCCCAUGGAUAUAUCAAUGCAUCCUAUGUGAAAUUUCCGAAAAUCAAUCGACAGUACAUAAUGACAAGUGAAAUUGCAUUUAAUGAAAUCCGCUACUACUGGCAAAUGGUUUAUGAGCAACGAGUUCCUGGCAUUGUUUUACUGAAAUCACUAUCUGAAAUCUGGUCGAUUAACACGAUUUAUCCGGAGAAGAUAGAUGCACAAUUAACGUUUGGAGAUUUCACAGUUCGAUGUAAAAAUCUGGAAAUUCAUCGACAUUAUAUAGUUCGAGACAUGGAGCUGAUAUCUCUGAAAUCAAAAGAAGUUCACAAGUUUCGCCAUUAUCACUAUUGGUUUUGGAGUGACUUGGAGACGGCAAAUCUUGAUCCGAUGUUGGAUUUUCAUAAAGUUCUGAAAGAAAAUGAAACACUCAAUAGCCCAAUUCCUACAGUUUCUACUUCAUUCUUCAACAGAAAACAAUCUGAAAUUACACCAUCUAAAGCUGCAAUCAUUCAAUGUUAUUCUGGGAAUCCUCGUUCAACAGUAUUUAUUGUGAUGGAUGUACUCGUUGAGAUGAUUGAGAAGGGAAUCAAAGGGCACUACUCAAUUGAGUAUAUGUUGAUUAAAUUGCAAAAGCAGAGAAUGUUCGAGCUGAAAUCCUUCAAAGAUAUAUCUUUUAUCUAUGAUUAUAUGAUUCGUUUCAUUCUUCAACGUCAUCCGGAACUUCAUGCACUUAAAUCACAUUUGGAGCAUCAUGCUAUCACAAUUCCACGUGUCGACCCCGAGAUUACAGAGGAUGCUGAGAGAUUCAUCAAAACAGAUCGUUGGCUUGUUAAUGAAAAAGAGAGAGACCGUUUUAUUGGAAUGAGACAAGCUGCUGCGAGAUUUCAGGAAACUGGACUUGCUUCUGUAGUUUGUCUGUAG